AUGACCAUCGGUAUCUUGCGCCAAUUCCAUGCUGCCAAUUGCGCCGGACACAACUUGGACGAAAAGCAACCUUGCGACGACUCGACCCCACCAACAAACAUGGCAGCCAUCUACAGAUACACCCAACGCCUGGCCCACGAAAGCCCAGUCAUCUUCUGGUCUCUACUUCUGGGAUUCGCUGGCCCCGUUGCAGUCCUUACUGUUCCACCCAUUCGGCGAUCUUUUGGCUACCAAUCCCCCGCUCCCAUCCCUACCUCCUUCCCUACCCCUAGCAGACCUAGACACAUCGUCAAAGGUUACGAAGACCUACAGUAG